AUAUUAGAGUGAUAAUUUGUGAAUAUACUAAUUAAUAUACGUAAACGCAUUGUUAAAGCGUGACCCAUCGUUCUUUUGAACCGGAGAACCUAAGAAAAUAAAGGCAUUGAAAUGAGUGCGGCUAUGCUUGCACGUGUCUCCUUCUACCCGACGCUCCUCUACAAUGUGCUUAUGGAAAAGGCCACCUCAAGGAAUUGGUACGAUCGCAUCGAUGACAAUGUCAUAUUGGGGGCGCUUCCCUUUCGGAGUCAGGCGAAUGACCAGUUAAUAGAAAAGGAAAACAUGAAAGCUGUUGUGUCAAUGAACGAGGAUUACGAGCUCACCGCCUUUUCGAACGACUUACCCAAAUGGAAGGCUCUUGGCGUAGACUUCCUGCAACUGGCUACUACAGACAUUUUCGAGUCGCCCAACCAAGAAAAGCUCUUCCGUGGCGUAGAGUUCAUAAAUCGCUUUUUGCCACUGUCCAAACGCAUAGCUGGAUUGAACUCAACGCAAUAUCCGGAGAAUAACGGUUCAGUUUAUGUCCACUGCAAGGCGGGACGAACCCGGAGCGCCACCUUAGUGGGUUGCUACUUAAUGCUGAAAAACGGUUGGACCCCAGAUCAGGCCGUAGAUCACAUGCGUCAGUGUCGUCCGCAUAUUUUACUGCACACAAAACAAUGGGACGCGCUUAGAAUAUUCUAUGCAAAUAACGUGGAGCCCAAGUCAUGACGCAACCUCUAUGAUUGCAACAGUUAAAUGUUCAUUAUACAUCAUCAAAGAAAGGAAGGAAGUUUCUAUUUUUGUUGCCGUUACCAAAACAUGAGUGCCGACUCGUUUGAAAUAAAGUUAUGAAUACAUAUAUAUUUUUUUUAAAUA